AACCCUUUUCACCUCUGAAAAUUUUAAUGGCCAAAAUCUUUUACGGGAAUCUCUGUUUCCAGAGCCAGAACCUUGACCAUCAUUGCCAAUUCCAAUAGUGUGUGUAAUAUUUUCCUCUAUAAAAACCACCCCACACCCACAUAAGACCCUUACAUCUGCCUAGGUUAUCUCUCAAUCCUAUUCUUUACCUUAAAACUUUCCAAAAUUGUUUUCCAUGUUGUCUAAAUUCCAACCCACUGAGAACAUCACCACCAACAACAACACCAACAACAACAACAACAACUAUGUAGAUGAAGAACAAGAAGUCCCAGAAACCAAUAACCUUGUGACAAGCCACCUCUACAUAAAGCCUACAGACUCGACCCAAACCCUGGACAAAGAAGUGGUUCUCCGACGUAUUCGACAACGCAAGCGUGUGAACAAGUGGAAGGCCAUGGUUCAAGCACUGGUUAGCUCUGCCUUCUCGGCAAAACCUGAGAAGGCUGUCUCGGUCCAUGGGAAGAAGUGGAUUGACGAUGCUUUUGCUGCACCAUAAAGUACUGAUGUAUGUAGGUACAUACAUAUAUGUUAUCUAAAUAAUUGUAUUUAUCUGGUGCUCGACUCUGUUUGUAGUUGUAUAGGAAAUUUUCCCUCCUAGAGCUUUAG